CCCCGGAUUUACACAGCCAGAAUCAUUACCUUGCUCAUUUGAUGAGUCUUCUUCCAAAAAACCGUGUUUUAUGUUCAUUCCUUCAUCACUGUCAACCCAUGGAUGUAUUUUUCUUUCACCACUGCAAGGCAUUUUGGGUAAUAACAAAACAAUUCCAAAAGAAAAACAUCACUACAACAACUUGGAAAUUUGUCAACUUGGUCGGAAACAACAUUUCUUACUUCCGACAGGGGAAAAGGCAGACGAUCGUCGAGCACACCAUGUAAACACUUCCUGACGGGCCACUACGGAGUCUGAAGGAAGAACUUCGACUGGACCCUGACUGGCCUUAGAAAAGUCUAUUUCCUGACUUCCUGCUCAUUACAGCCAUUAUGUCUCUCUUCUUCUCUGGAGCGGUCACCAGUUCACCAAUAAAAAAGCGACUGAGGUCCAGCUCCGCCUACCAAAGCCUGGACGUAUCCCUCUUGUCUCCCGAUUCGUCCUACAUGUGCUACUCAUCUGCAGAGCGCGGUGGCCACAGCUGCUGCUGCUGCCGCCGCUCGCCUCGCCUCCUCACCAAUGGUUACUACGCCGUCACCGAUGACAGUUUCCUGUGGGAUGACCAUGGGAAUGUGUCCUUGACACCGUGCGCUGCCAACGUGUCCUACAAAGAGAACAUCCACAGAGUCUUCAAGCGCAGACGUAAACCUCGCAGCUCCCUGGCUCGCCUGCUGAGCGGUGUCUCCGAGACCUGCCAAACCUGGCUGGACGACAACGUCUUCAGAGGUGUGUUUGGGACAGGCCAGAGCCAAGACCUGGACCUAGACCGUGACCAGCAGGAGAGGGACCAAGACCAAGUCUGGGAGCCAAUUGGAGACUGGGCCAGGAAGGAAGGCUUCACCAAGCUUGAGAAGCCGAACCAGUCCGGGCCAGUCCACCCAGAACCAGAUGACGGCUGCAGCUGCUUCACAUACGACCCCACUGAAGCACCGCCCCCUUCCGACAAAGUAGACAGGCUACCUAAACAGAUCAUCCAGGAGGAAAUUUGCUCUGAAAUCUGUCAAUCAAAGGAAUGCUUCACCCAGUCCAUAGGUGGACUUUCUGAAGUCCCGCCUCCUUUGGCCUUCUACACCAAUGGCUGCCUUCAGCCUGCACCCGAACGCACAGCGAUAAAGACUCUUAUCGUCUUGAUGUUGGCCAUAUUGGUCUUGUGGAGUUGUCUUCUGUGGUGCGCUGGCGUGAAGGCGGCCAUGACGGCGGCCGCGAUGGUGUGCAUGCUGCUGCUGGCGUGCAUGUUUAUCAGAAGGUCUGGUCCGAUGGGGGGGUGGAGGCACGCCAAGACAGAGGACAUCACGUCACGGAACGAGUGACCCAGCGGCACCAGAACCACAACACACACACACACACACACACACCAUGUACGGGCACCAGUAGAGGGGGCUGUUGUACUAAAGCCACUGAAGUUUUUCAAUACAAUUUUUUUCUAUACUAACGUUAUUCAACGAUACAUUUCCAAAUCACGGGACAGUCCAGAGAUGACAUGCAUCUUGGUUCCACAGCAAAAGAAAGCUGAAGGGCACACUCAUAGUCCAAGAAGCGAAUGCAUCCUACUAAUAAUGUACACAUAUUUAGCAGUACUGUAGUGAGUAUAAUGAGUAUGAAUAUUGCGACCUAUUCAAGUUGCAUAUAAUCACUCACGUAUUCUGAUUUAAUAUUUGCUUCAUGUGAAACAUGAAAGCCUCAUUUUAGUUCCUUCACAUUUGUACUUUUUCAACAUUUAAAUAUUUAUCUUGAAAGUUUUUUUUGCACAACUUUUAAUCUAUUUAAAUAAAUGAAUGUUAUAAAUAAUGUUUUGAUUAAAUCUUUUAGCACUUAAUAUAUUCAUCUUAUUGCUUGUAUUAUUUUCAAAUGUUUUAAACAGGAACGAUUAUGCUUUUUCCACUUUUCUGACCUAUAAAUGUUCGAAUCUUGUAAUUUGUUGUAUUAAGUUUGGAAUUGAGCCCUGAAAAAAGUUAGGGGUGGCUCUGAACGCUCUGUUUCAGUGUUAGAAUGAAAUGUAGAUCGAAUGAAUAUAGUGUCAGGUAUCACCCUUACAUCCAUUUGCUUCAACAAUAGAAAAGAGUGUUUGAAUGUGCUGAAGAAGAAAUGUUCCCGUGACCCUGAUCAGAGACCCCCAGCGACCCCCAGGUCCUGGAGGUGUCUGUAAGCGCCAGCAACAAGCCUGCAGAUGUUCAUGUUAAUCCUGCAAGAAUGUGUCAAGAUAAGAAGUCAUAAAACAAUAAAAGUAAUUACUCUCACAUAUACACACACACAUAGACAAACAAAUACAGCUCGUGCAACUGCCUCCCCCCCCCCUUAGAGUUGCACGACCAUGUAGUAGGGCCCCCGAAAAGAACUGUGUGAACUGUGAACUGCAUAUUCAGAGUGGAGUGACAUGCCACUGGGUAUGUGGUUUCACUCUCCUCGCUGCGAGUAACUUUGAAUAUUGUUCUCUGUCUCUUUUGUAUUUAAGUGUUUUUAAAAGUGUCACAGGAGUUUGA